GAGGGGGAGGACCGAAGUCGAUGGGAGCUGCAGUGCUUGGUCUGCAGAAGCGCAAGGUUUCAACAACGAAUGCGUUAAAGGGAGCUAAAAACAAUGCCGUGCUUGUUACACUUUAACAAUAGAGAACAUAUGCAUCGCUCGCUCUGGACAAGCUUCAACGGCGUGUUCUGUGUGGCAAAAGCAACGUUAUGCUAACUUGUUCAACUUCCUUUGUAAGUAGGCUCGCUGGCUCGAUGUGCACACGGCGUGGCUACGGAGAUCGUUAAUAGGCAACUCUUGGAAAAAUUAAAAAGAUGUAGGCUACCGUGAUUUGUUUUCAUCCCGAAUGGGUCUGCACCAGUUGAUACCAGAAUGUUAUGACUUUGAUGUUGUUGACUCUUCUACGUAGUGCGAGUAGGCUACGGCGAUGUACGAUAUAGCCAAAGAGUCCAUGCAUUCAUUCGGUUUUUAAUAAAGAGCGAAAAGAAGAAAACGAAAACCAAGUUUAAAGGAGUCUUUUGAAGUUGGGCCUGGGAGGCGGUCCCCUGUGUUUUGGACCUGUUGGGGCCACAGCGGAGCGGUGUGGGGGGCCACGAUGGGGUCUUUUCGGCGGCCGCGACCCCGGUUCAUGAGCUCCCCGGUACUGACGGACCUCCCCCGUUUCCACGCCAGCCUGUCCAACCUGCAUCUGUCCAACGCCAGUGUCUGGAACAGUGUCCAGUCUGCUGUGAUCAAGGUGUUCCAAGGUGGGGGUCUGCAAGCUAAUGAGCUUUACUCCCUCAACGAGAGCAUCAGGUGGCUCCUCAAGACUGAACUGGGUUCCUUCAUCACAGAGUAUUUUCAGAAUCAGCUCCUGAACAAAGGCCUGAUCUACAUUACAGAGAAGAUACAGCUCUAUGAGGGCGACAGUCAGCUCCUCAUCCUGUCAGAGAUGUGGGGAAGGUUUUUCACAGAAAUUCUGCCAACGCUGCAGGCCAUAUUCUACCCAGUGCAGGGUCAGGAGCUGACCGUCCGGCAGAUGUCCCUGCUGGGAUUCAGGGACCUGGUGCUGCUCAAGCUCCCAUUGGAGGAGCUGCUGCCGGCUGCCCCGCCCCCUCCACCGCCGGCCAUCACACAGAUGCUGCUGGUCCUGCAGGGUAUUCACGAGCCCAGUGGACCCACCCAACAGUACUACCAGCUGGAGAGGCUUGUGGAGAUGGUCGUCUCUCCCUACUUGGGAAAUUACAGGCACCGCAGCCACGCUGCCGGCUAUAUCGAAUGUCGCAUGUCACGCACCAGGUCGACGGCCGCGACGCACUUCGGGCAGCCGGAGAUCCUGGUCACCCAGCAUGCAUCUGACUCCUGCUCGCUGGGGCCGCUGGUGGAGCAGGAUGGCGAGGCCUACCUGGAGAAGGUGGGCGGCGUGCGGCGCCACACGGUGGCCAACGCCCACUCGGACCUGCAGCUGCUGUCGGUGGCCAGCAUGAUGCACCCUGGGAUGGCGGAGGACUGCGGCGGAGGCGGGACUUGCGGCGGCGUUGGGGGCGGGGCCAGCAACGGCGGGGGCGGGCCCAGGGCCUUCGGCAGCGAACCCCACAUCCUGGAUUCUCCGGUGGGCGUGGUCGUUCUUUCGAGGCAGCAGGGGUCCGCCGAGGUCGGCUGUGCCCCUCCCAGCUAACGGGUCGGAGCACUGGGGCGACGCCCUGCGGACAUACGGAAGCUCUGGGAGUGGGAGGCCCUUUCAGGGAGUAGCAGCCAGCGGACCCCAUGCCCUCCAUGCUCUGGUGGGUGCCCCUCGAGGCGAAAGGGGCCCAACGAGGUCGGCCUGGCUUCCCCCCAGGUAGCGAAGGACACCCUGUGGACUUACCGAAGCCCUUUAUAAGAGCAGCAGACGUGACUGGAUUCAUACAGACUGCUCUCUUUCCAGCAGUGGCUUCUUGUGUUUUUUUUUAAUUUAUUUUUUUAAUCAGAUCAGGCAUCUUCUGGCAGCGUGGAAGAAGCCGAGAUGUGGGCUUGGGAACCGUUAACAGCGCUACGGCCCUGUGAACUGGACACGGCCGGGUCUGUUCUGCCCUGCGGAAGAACCACUGGGGUAUAUGGAGUUUACACCCAUCUUAACCCCACAGUGCAAAACAAAUGGGGUUUCUACAGGAGUGGGCCAUUUUGGCUUCUGCUCAGCUACCCUUCUAGUCUCACAGGUUAAGCUCGUCUUCUGCCCUCCAGAAUAACUGGUAGUGGGAAGCAAGGCCUACAAACAUGAGCGAUGUUGGUGCAAAUGGUAACACCAGCCUCUCCAUUGUUUUUGUAAACGUAUGCAUUCUGGUACAAAGCCUACUCAUCUUAACUUCUACACGGGAAAAGUCAGUUCUAUUUAGUGCUUUUAAAUGCUUCUUGACAAACAUUUUUCACUAAUAAAUUUAAACUGCCAUAGAUAUAA